GUACGACUGCAUGUAUAUAUAAGGAAAGGAUAGGUGUACUUGAUCAGUGACAUCUCGAACAAACCCGAGGCAGCGGAAUCAGGAUGAGGCUCUCCACCUCCCUCCUGUUACUCUCGUUUUCAGCUUUGGCAUAUGCUGCUUCUGUUGAAAAGUUAGAAGAAACCGACGAGAUAGCUGUCACCGAAGAAGAUGAUGAAUAUGCGUGGAGAGUAAAAGUGGGAAGAACGCUUGAGAAAGUAGGAAAAUGGCUACAAGGCAAAUACUCAGCUGUCACUGAGGAAGAGGAGAAGGAGUUUGCUUUGCUGAAUGCUGAGCUGAAAGAAGUGGCGGUCGGCGUGGCCGAGGAACUUGCCCAAGAAACAGAAAGUGUUGAUGAAUACGACGACGAAGCGGCUGCCUACGGGUGGGCAAAGUGGAGAAACAAGAUUACCGGUGCAGCCAAGAAGGUCGCCAAGGCUGUUAUAAUCAACAAGGUUGCCGGCAUUGUCGCCGGUUCACUCGGCUAAUUACAGUUGACACUGUAUUUUAGUGCACCUUCGGGCAUGUAUUUUUGCAACAAAAUAAAUGAGUAACAAAGUUUGCAU